AUGGAAGGCAUGCGUAGUGGCCGAGGUAGGGGACGUGGGGGUAGACAGCCCACGACUGAACAGGGUACGGGAACUGAAGUGCCCGAACCAACUCCUGAACCCCAAAUCGAUCCUAAUGUGCAAGUGGCCGCUGCUAUCCAGCGGAUGACCGAUCUCCUGGCCCAGGUGGUGCAGCAACAGGGCCCUAACCCUAAUCCACCCGUCGGCAACCCUGGAAACCCUGGAAAUCAUGUCGAGAGCGAAGAUCGAGCUCUCGAACUAUUUCAAAAAUUUUCUCCACCUAAAUUUCUUGGAGGGCCCAACCCGGACGUGGCGGAGCAAUGGUUGGAGAAGAUGAUAGACAUCUUUGCCGCCCUACGUUACUCGGAAGAGAGGCAAGUGACCUUUGCGGUUUUUCAACUCGAAGGGGCUGCACGCUCUUGGUGGAACAUUAUUCGGACAAAAUGGGAGCGAGAACAGACACCAAGGACAUGGAUGAACUUUGUAAGGGAAUUCAACGCCAAGUACUUUCCACCAUUAGUUCAGGAGAAAAAGGAAGACGAAUUUAUUCGUCUAUGUCAGGGUACGCAAACGGUGGCCGAAUAUGAAAGCCAAUUCACACGUUUGUCCAAGUUUGCCCCUGAGCUCAUUUUGACAGAGCAAAGGAGGGCGAGACGUUUCCUUCAGGGGCUUAAUGUGGAAAUCCAAAAGGAUUUGGCCGUAGCCCAAAUCACCACUUUCAGUGAUGCUGUGGAGAAGGCAUUACGAUCCGAGAACGCAAGGUUGCAGGUGAGGAACUUCCAGAAUAGGAAGCGGGGAGCUGCUGGGAGUAGCUCCACUCAAGGGGAUAAAGGUACCCCUCCUAAGUUUGGAAGGGGAGCUGGAGGGGGACGGUUCGCGAGUCCGGCCCGAGGGGCUCCCUCUCGAGGAAGCCAACCCGGACGAGGCCAACAGAGGAGUGCCUUACAAGGGAGUUCCGCUACUGUUACGCGCGGGCCGUGUGGCUUCUGUGGGAAACCAAACCACACGGAGGAUGACUGUUGGAGGAAGCAGAACAAAUGUCUGCGGUGCGGAAGUGCGGAGCACCGGUUCGCCAGCUGUCCAGUCCAGGCACGAGACGUGAGAGGAACUACACCGACAUCUAAGGCUACUUCAAGUCAAUCACGGGUAGAUAGUGCCAAACCGAAGGUGCCCGCACGGGUGUACUCCAUUGAACAACGGCCAGUUCCUGAUUCCGCCGAGGUAGUGGAAGGCAUGGAUUGGUUGGCUCGAUACGAUGCCCAGCUGGACUGCAAGAGGAAAACUGUUGAAUUUCGUAUUCCUGGGGAGGCAAUUUUGAGGUUAGAUGUGAGGGGUAGUCUAGCCUCAUCUGCUAUGAUUUCCGGUAUUCGAGCUAGGAAAUUAUUGAAUAGAGGGGCGCAAGGGUUCCUAGCUUUUCUUAUUAACACUCCUACUGACAAACUGAAAAUUGAAGAUGUCCCAGUAGUGAGUGAAUACCCUGAUGUUUUUCCUGACGAGUUAGUAAAUUUGCCUCCAGAAAGAGAAAUUGAGUUUGAAGUUAACCUUUGUCCAGGGGCUUCACCUAUUUCCAAAACUCCUUACCGAAUGGCACCUGCAGAACUCAAAGAGUUGAAAUUACAGUUGCAAGACCUUCUAGAGCGGGGGUUUAUUCACGAGAGCGGAUCACCUUGGGGGGCACCUGUUCUCUUUGUUAAACAGAAGGACGGGACCUUGAGACUAUGUAUUGACUACGAGGGUUGA